AAUGUCCAUAGUUGGAGAGAUAAGACCGCAGCGUCUCUGUUGAUUGGUCAGUCCAUUGAGCAGUUUAUUCCCCCGCCACCAAGUGUUGCUUGACAGCCGGCGCUGCAUCAAUAUAAAACGAGCAGGAUGAAGGUACGUUGCGGAGAAGGUGGCGAAACCAGUACCAGUCAAAAAACACAAGAACCUGAGAACUGUGGCAGACAUGCCGGGUCCUAGCGCUAUACGCUUUGCCUACGAUCUGUUCUUCAAUAAGGGGAUGGCCAGGUUACAUGAGCUGCAGCUCGAGGGCAAGGCGAAGUAUGGGCCAGUGUGGAAGGCCCAUUUUGGUCCUAUCCUCACUGUACACAUUGCAGAUCCAGUGUUAAUUGAACAAGUCUUGCGGCAGGAAGGCCAGCACCCAAUCCGAUCAGACUUAUCAUCUUGGAAAGAUUACAGACAAUACAGAGGACACGCGUAUGGGCUCCUCACUGCGGAGGGCGAGGAAUGGCAGAAGCUCCGCAGCAUACUCAGCAAGCACAUGCUGAAGCCAAAGGAGGUGGCGGCAUACAGCGACAUUCUCAACAAGGUCGUCACUGAUCUGAUCCUCCAUCUGCACAGGCAGAGGGCAAGCAGCAGCCAGCUCCUGGUGAAAGACCUGGCCAGAGAGUUCUACAAGUUUGGGUUGGAAGGUAUCUCCGCAGUGCUCUUUGAGACCCGGAUUGGCUGCCUCAAGACUGAGGUUUCCAAAGAGACAGAAGAUUUCAUCCACUCAAUUAGCAUCAUGUUCCAAAUGACACUCCUCACCAUGGUGAUGCCCAAGUUCCUGCACAAAAUCUAUCCGGAACCCUGGAGGAGAUUUGUGGCCUGCUGGGAUUACAUCUUUGCUUUUGCCAAACAGCACAUUGACAGAAGGAUGGCUGAAAUUCAACAAAAGUUAGCAAGCAGCCAACCAAUCGAGGGCAAGUACCUGACCUACUUCCUGUCAUCCCAGAAUCUUCCAAUGAAAACGAUUUAUGGAAACGUCACCGAGUUGUUGCUGGCUGGUGUGGACACUAUUUCCUGCACGAUGUCGUGGACCCUUUAUGAGUUGGCCCGCCAUCCAGACAUUCAGGCAGCCCUACACCAGGAAAUAAAGGAGACGGUUGGCGACAAGACCAUCCCUUCCGCUGCUGAUGUGACAAUGAUUCCCCUUCUGAAAGCUGUCGUGAAGGAAGUUCUGAGGCUUUAUCCUGUAAUACCAGGUAAUGCUCGUGUGAUUCCAGAUAAAGAUGUCCAAAUUGGAGAAUACCUCAUUCCCCCAAAAACCCUGAUCACGCUGUGUCAUUAUGCAACCUCACGAGACAAAGAGAUCUUCCCCAACCCUGACUGUUUCCAGCCAACACGAUGGCUUCACAAAGACAGAAGUUUCCAUCCUUAUGCUUCCAUCCCUUUUGGCUUUGGGAAGCGAAGCUGUAUUGGCAGAAGAAUUGCAGAGUUGGAGGUCUACCUGGCUGUAGUGCGAAUCCUGAUGCACUUUGAAGUGAGACAGGAGGUUGAGGGCAGCAUUGUGAAGCCAAUGACCAGAACUCUGCUGGUGCCAGAGCAGGAGAUCAAUCUUCAGUUUAUUGCCAGAUGACCACAGUGAACAACUUCAACACCACUAUGAGAGUGCAAACCCGUUGAUAUCAAACCUCUUUGAAGCUCUACAGCGGUGGCUUUAAUUGGUGCAGCAACUUGCUGGGUUGAUCAUCUUUCUGUCUCUCACUUGUACAGAAACUUUGUUGUGGAAGAACCCUGAGGAAGCUUUGACUGAGCUGCUGGCACCACAGUAGAGUAGUGAUUAGUGCGACACUAUUCCAGGUUAGGGCAUUAGAGUUCAAUCCUGAUGUCCUCUGUAAGGAGUUUGUACAUCCUCCCCAUGGAAUGCAUUGGUUUCCCCCACGUGCUCUGGUUUCUUCCCACAGUUCAAAGAUAUACCAGUUAGUAUUCACAAUUGAUCAUUGUGAAUUGCCCUGUGAUUAGUCUAGGGUUGAAUUGGUGGGUUGCUGGCAUCACAGCUUAAAGGGCCAGAAGGGCCUAUUCCCUAUUCCACGUUGUAUUUCUAAAUAAAUAACCUCUAUUUUGACCACUGCAGGAGUCAUUGAUGGUUGUUGAACAGACAGUAGAACAAUACAGCACAAUAAAUGCACUUUGAUGUUAUGCCAACCUUUUAACUUACUCCAAGGUCAAUCUAACCCUUCCCUCCCCGAUAGCCCUCCAUUUUUCUAUCAUCCAUGUGACUAUCUAAAAUUCUCUACAAUGUCCCUACCACCACCGCUGCCAGCAUAUUCCAUGCAAGCCCCUCCCCUUAUAUUUUCCUCCAGUCACCUUAGAAGUAUGCCCUCUCAUGUUAGCCAUUGCUGUCCUUGGAAAAGCAUGCUAACUGUCCACUAUCUAUGUAUCUUACCACCUUGUAUGCCUCUAUUAAAUUGCCUCUCAUCUUUCUUCGCUUCAAAGAUAAAAGCUCUAGCUCACUCAGCUUAUUAUCCACACAGUGUCCUGCCAAACCAUCUCUGCACCCUUUCUAAAGUUUCCACAUCCUUUCUAUAAUGAGGUGACUGGAAUUGAACAGAAUACUCCAAGUGUGGUCCAACCACAGUUUUAUAGAGCUAAAACAUUACCUCACAGCUUUUGAACUCAACCCUCUUACUAAUGAAGGCCAACCCACCAUAUGCCUUCUUAACAACCCCAUCAACUUGUGUGGCAACUUUGAUGGAUCUAUGGACGUGGAUGCCAAGGUUCCUCUGUACCUCCACACUGCUAAGAAUCCUAUAUUCUGCCUUCAGAUUUGACCUUCCAAAGUGAAUAACUUAGCACUUUUUCAGAUUGAACUCUAUCUGCCACUUCUCUUAGCCUAGCUCUGCAUCCUGUCAGUGUCCUGUUGCAAUCUACAACAACCUUCUAUAUUAUCCAGAACUCCACCAAUCUUCGUGUCAUCUGCAAACUUACUACCCACCUCUCCACUUCUUCAUCAAAAUCAUUUAUAAAAAUUGCAAGGAGCUGGGGCCCCAGAACAGAUCCCUGCAAAAUGCCUCUGGUGACUGACCUCCAGGCAGAGGAUGCUUCAUCUACUGCCUCCCUCUGCCUUUCUGAAGUUUCCAUCCUAAAUCAAGGAACGACUGGCAGCUGCCCAGUCUAUUUCUUGGUUAGGUUGACAUCAUCUUCAAUUCCGUAGAGUCACAGAAAUGUACAGCACAGAAACAGGCCAUUCAGCCCAUCAUGCCCAUACAGAUCAGUGGGCACUUAUACUUACAAUACUAAUCCCAUCUUCUAACAUUUGGCCUAUAGUCUCCCAUGCCUAGGUUAUUCAACUGCUCAUCUUAAAUGCUGACAGCUUUUAAUGCUGACAUCUUAAAUGCUGACAAAUGCAUGACAAGGUUUCCUGUGGGGCAUCACCAAGGGCUGCCUGGAAGUCCUCGAAGCAUCCACAGACAUUCCCCUGUUUGUUGAGUGAUCUCUUCAAAAUAUAAGCUUUAUCAGCAUUGUCAAAUCUGAAUGGUGUGGUGUUCAGUCAGUCAUUCCAUAAAUAACUGGGGACUCCAGUAACUUCCAAAACAGUGGAUUGGUGUGCAAGUGUCUAAUUUCCCUCUCUCACCUUCCUGAAACAACUGAGUGACAUGUACAGUUUUUCACACUGAAGGAAUGGUUCAGUCAAAAUCACAGUUAGGUCAGUUGUAGGGUCCCUUGGAAGAGCCAAGAUGGUCAUGUUGCCGGAAGCUUAAAGACAAGGCGAUGAAUAAUGCUAUUAAAUGUAUUGGCACAAACACCUUUUUUGAAAAGCAAUUUGUUACUGCAGUUGAAUUUCCACCCCUGUGAGAAAAGAGAAACAGAUUUGCAUUUCCAAAGCACUUCUACAUCCCUUUGGGGAUGUCCCAAUGUGUUUUACAGUCAGUGCUGUUGCCAUGUAGUCAUUGUAGUGAUUUGGGUAUGUGAUUAAUGGUGUACCCCUGUCAAAUCUACAGUAUAUCUCCUCCUUUAACUGAUAACCUUUAUUUUUUCCCCCAAAAGUGAGUUUGGGGGCUCAGCUCCCAUUUUGGCACAGUGUUUUUCUAUUGAUCUUUUGGGUGGUGAUAAUCAUUAUUUGACAUGUUGCUCUUUUUGUUACUUGCAUUAAUAAUGAAUAAACAUGGCUUAGAACUAAAACUCUUUAUCAAUUU